AUUCAUCCACUGCGCCUUGGAGGAUCUCGUGACCAAGAAGUUUGGAGCGGAGACGUGGAAACUGCUUCUAAAGAAGUCAGGAAUUGCGAUGCACGGCGCCUCAUUUCUGAUGCACAAGGUGUACACGGACGACAUGACGCUGAAACUGGUGGCAGCAGCCUGCGAGGUGCUCGGACUGGACCUUGACACGUGCCUGGAAGCAUUCGGAGAGCACUUCCUCUACUUUUGCCAGCAGCACGGCUACGACCACAUUCUGCGUGUCCUAGGCUCCAACAUGGCUGACUUUUUGACGAACCUGGACAACUUGCACGAUCACCUGGCAUCCACCUACCCGGGCAUGCGGGCACCCUCUUUCCGCGUAACACCUGGCCCCAGCGGCCAAAUAUUGCUACACUACUACAGUGACAGAAAAGGUCUACACCCCAUUGUGCUUGGCAUCGUCAAGGUGGUGGGAAGGGAGUUCUUCAAUACUGAGGUCCGCGCCAACAUCUCCGUCGUGUCAGAGUUCGGCGACAGAGCCCACGUGACUAUGGAGGUGACCGAGCAGAACAAAGAAGGAAAGAGCUGCUUGCUUCCAAGCAACGCAUCUGAGACGCUGAGCAACAGUCCCGAAGACCUGCCCAUGGGCGUACGGACGAUGUGCAUGGCAUUCCCGUUCCACGUGCUGUUCGGCCGUGACUUCGGCAUCAUGCAAGCUGGCAACGGCUUGCUACGGCUAGCCGGUCACCGUUGGAAGGAGAGUCGGGCUCAGGGAGGACAGCGUCUCAAAUUCGACGACAUUUUUGAAAUCACGCGGCCUGUCAUUGAUUGCACCUUCGAGUCCAUACGCAGCUACUGUAAUCAGGUGUUCGUUGUGCAGACCAAAGAAGGCGUGCUUAGGCCUCGUGGGUCCAACAACUCGGAGGUGGACGGCGGCGACAGCUCGACCAGCCCUCCAGUUCUACGACUCAAGGGCCAGAUGGUGUCGGUCGAAGAGACGCACAGCAUCUUGUUUCUGUGUUCGCCGCGCGUCAAGGACAUCGACGACAUGCGGCGCAUCGGGCUGUUCUUCAGCGACCUGGCCAUACACGACCCGGCCAGGGAGCUGUUCCUGCGCUCGCACCACCACCGCGGGGAGCGGGAGCUCAUCGAGAAGCUGGACGAGGCCACCAACAGACUGCGCAUGCUCCAGUCCAAGCUGGACGAAGACAAGAAGCGAACGGAGGAGCUGCUCCACUCCAUACUGCCUUCGAAGGUUGCCAUACGUCUCUGCCAGAACCUUCCCGUGGAAGCGGAGAAGUUCGAGACGGUCUCGUGCUUGUUCUCUGACAUCGUGGGCUUCACCAACAUGUGCGGAAGCUGCGCGCCCAUGGACAUCGUGCGCCUGCUCAACAAGCUGUACCUGCAGUUCGACAACCUCUCCAAUGUGCAUGGAGUCUAUAAGGUGGAGACCAUCGGAGACGCGUACGUGGUUGUGGCCGGUGUGCCAGACUUCGUGGAGGACCACGCCGAUCGGCUUGUCGCGAUGGGACUCGACAUGAUUACUGCCACGAAGAGCGUGCUCAACCCCGUCAGCGGAGAGCCAAUUCAGAUGCGCAUUGGUGUGCACACGGGCUACGCCACGGCCGGCGUGGUUGGCAUGACGAUGCCCCGGUACUGCCUUUUCGGCAACACUGUCACUCUGGCGAACAAGACUGAAAGCUUGUCGAAGCCGUCAAGGGUCAACGUCACUGAGGUGGCCAGAAGCCACCUUACCAAAAAAGAUUACGUUUUCGAGGAUAACCUCGACGUGGGCGACUUUCCUCUUCGCUGCUACCUGGUCGUCAUGGCGUCCCGGCCGAACGCAGAAGCCCAGCCGAUGGCAGUGGGAGAACAGCCGGCUGACGACAGCAUGCUGUUGUCUCCAUCCUCGUCACCCGUCCGCCGCACCUCAGCCGUCACGUCGCCAUCUUUCGACGUCGACGAGAUUGGUCUUUUCAUCAAGAGCCGGUUAAACUGCACCGACGCCGAUGUCGACGCGACAGGCACUCAGCAGCGGAAAAAGAAUGACGACGAAUCUUUGCUAGCGGCACUCCACGAAGCCACCUACAGCCAAGCUAAUCCAGACGCCACUGACAGCGGUAACGUCACGAUUGCAGAAAACCUCCAAACUCCACCGGUGCCACCGGCUUCUUCGACAACGGGGCUCACUGGAGACGGCUCGGCUCGUCACAGCGCGGUUAGCAGCACGGAGCGCAGGGGCUCCUCUUCACUCGGAACAGAAACGGACGCGAGUAAGCCGGCAGCCGGCAGUAAAUCCUCGUUUUUCGGUUUCACGUGGAGCCUGCCGCAAGGCAACAAGCAGAAGAAAGUCGACAUCCACUCCUCUCCGUCGGCGUCACCGCAGGCCAUCCGAGAGAACCGCGGCGAUUGUGCCGGCAAAGCUCACGCCACAGAAAGCGUCGGUGCCGACGCCGGGCGACAGCACUGCCCCUUUUUCCGAUUCCGCUCAAAGGGUGCCGGACGUCAAGAGGAACUGGCAGACGGUGGCAGGUGUUCUCAGACGGCUGAGGCCGAGGUGGAACCGACCGCCGGUACGGAAAGAAGGGUCAGCGGUGGGCAGCUAGAGAGGACACCCAACAGCCCUUCAACCUCACACCGAGAAGCCGACGUCCGUAGGAAAGAGAAGUUCUGGUCGCGGGUAAUCUUUCCUUCCUGAGGUCAACAGCCGAUCAGCACCGCGUAGUGGUCUUCGUCUUCCCCCGGAUAAAAAGAGAGCUGCGAGGCAGGAACUGUGUAGGCGUGACAGAACCGUUUCCCGCGCGCGUGCGCAACACGUCCAGUGGAGCAGCGACCACCUGUACCUCCCGUGUUCUCCCCAUCUCAAACGCCUUGAUGACAUUCACUCUAUGGUGCCGGUGUUCAGUGACCAUGUGCUUCGAGAAGGGCUCGCUGCUUUUUCCUUGCUCGGCAGCCAGGGACAGCAAGAACUCGCAGUGGAAGCGCUGGACGCAUCCGUCAAUCACACGCAGAUGCUGGCCCAACAUUUCGUGGCGACCAUGCGGUGGACCGGGAAAUGCUACAGCGCUUCACCCUGUCUGCGAGUGUGGCGUUCGGCUUGUCGAUACAGGAUCCGCUUUAGCGGUGAAGUGCCAGCUCGUGUUGUGCCUCUCCCCAUCGACACGGACCACUCAAAGCUUUUUACUAAUAAAUGACUCUACAAAUCGCCCGGAACUGACCCAUCCGCCUAACUGGAACACUACACGGACGGACGCUGAAGCAGGGAGCCUCACUGACGACUUUUCAGCAGCCUGGUGGAUGUUUUACGAGCUUUACCCUAAAAGUAACGCCCUACAUUUCUGUACUGGUGUCGAUAAAGACAUGUUUCCGUUGUCAA